GUGCUGGACGCGUAGCAGUUAACAACGAGAAAGUCAACGAUAGAGCUACAAUAUAUUAGCAACCGAAAGCAGAAGACGUAGUGAACAGGCUCCUUAAAUACGACGACAAGUGUUGUCAUUAACACCAGCACAUCGAUGGAGAAAUCAACGCUAACGCAGAAGAAUUAUGCCAGUGUCUACAAUGAGACGACAAAGCCAAAGAAGCCAAAGCGACGCGACAAAAGCGAUUUGGGUCCCGAUUUUGUGGCGCCCGAUGGCGGCUGGGGUUGGGUGAUCUGUGUGGCCGCUGGCUUCAAUAAUUUCUUUAUGUUUCCGGCACUGCAGCAAUAUGGAUUGAUCUACAGAGUUCGCAUGACUUCGCUGGGCUUUGAUGCCAAGGAGACCACAAUUAUCGUUAACGUCGUGAUGACCUUGUCCUCGCUAGUGGGCAUCGUGAAUGGCGCCAUGUUCCGCAGGUUCACGUUCCGUCAGGUCGCGCUGACGGGCACAACUCUCGGCUUUCUGGGGAUCUUUCUCUCGGCGUUCUGCACCACCGUCUGGCAGUACAUCAUCUGCCUUUCGCUGAUCUAUGGCGUCGGCCUUGGCCUAGCCAUGGCUGCCGUUUCGCUGGCCGUCAACACCUACUUCAAGCAGAGUCGUCGACGUGCCACCGGCUUCACGUGGACCAUCACCGGGCUGGGUCCCAUCAUAUUCCCCUAUGUGUCCACCUUUCUGCUGGACUUUUACGGUGCCCAGGGGACGAUUCUCAUCUACUCGGCCAUCGCUCUCAAUGCCGUGCUCUGCGCCAUGACGCUGCAGCCGGUGAUGCGUCACGUGCGCAAGCCGGAGAAGCCCGAGGUGAUUGUCAGCGAACACAAGGAACAACCGGAGCUGCUCGAGGCCAAUGGGAAUCUACUGGCACCGAGCAACGAUCCGUGGUCGGACUACGAGUGCAAAUACUGUCAGUAUCAGAAGCGCACCAAGCGCAGCAUCUUCUCCUCACAAUAUCUGUUCAACGACGACGAUCCCGAGCACCCGGGCUAUGAGAUUACCGAUCCCGGUACUCCGAUGCUGGCGCGUGCCAACGACGGAUGGUUUGGGUCGAAGCUCUCGCUAACCUCUGAGCGUCGUCAGGUGCUAUUGCGUCAGGCAUCCGUCUCGGUCUCGGCCGCAGCCACUAAGGGUAGUCGGGACAAUCUUGACAAGCUGGAGGAGGCCAGCGAGCAUAAUCAACAGCACGAUUCAUCGGCGGCGCUCUACAAGCCCAACUAUUUCAAUCGCGAGCGCGAGGAUCUGGGUCGCUAUGCCAGCAAGUCGAGUGUCUACUCGAAGCCCGGCGGAGGUGAGGAGUUGCUCCGUUGCACCUGUGCCGAGGACAAGGCGCUGCUGCAGAAGACCGCCGAGGCACUCAAGCUGGAGCAAGCGGCACUUCAGGCGGCCGAGGAGGCCGAGGAGGAGGCCAAACGCAAGAUGACCUUCCGUCAGAAGGUCAGCAAAUUCUUUGAUCUCGAUCUGUUGCGCAAUCUGACCUUUGUCAAUCUGGUGAUCGGCAUGAGCAUCAUGAUGUUUGGCGAAAUGAACUUCUCGGUGCUGACACCGUUCAUCCUCCAUAGCUACGGCUACACCGACAGUCAGUGCUCGAUGGUGAUGUCCCUGCUGGCGUGCAUGGACAUCUCGGUGCGUUUCCUGGCACCGCUCUGCCUCGAGAAGGUGAAGCUCGACAAUCGCGUGCUGUUCGCUUUUGGCAUUAUCUGCAUUGCCGUCGGCCGUGUCAUCGUCACAAUGACCUCAUCCUACAACGUGGUCAUAGCGGUCUUUCUGCUCAUCGGUUUCGGCAAGGGAUUCCGCACCAUAUUCUCCCCAUUGAUCAUACCCUCGUAUGUGCCAUUGCGUCGUCUGCCCGCUGCCUCUGGACUGCAGCUGAUCUUCAACACGUUCUUCUCGCUGGUCAUGGGUCCCCUGCUGGGCAUCAUCACCGAUGCUUUCGGCUACAGUUCAACCAUCCACUGCAUCAAUCUUUUGACAGCCAUCGCCCUGAUCAUGUGGGUAGCCGAGUCGAUGGUGCGACGUGCCCUUGGCAAGCCAUACAAUCCACCGGAGGAAUAGCCUUGUGUGUCCAUGCGGCACUCGAGCAAUCUUAAAAUAGCCUAGACAGCAGCCAAGUGUAAAGUAUUACUUUAACACACACACACAUACUCCAAGAUAUUACUGCGAGUUUGUUACACUUAUGUAGUACAGAUUAGCCUACACACUAAUAUAUAUUUAUUUAAGUAUUGCCAUUAAGUUUAGUUUAGGUUAUCAAUUGUCAUUUAAUCUGUUAAUGCCAAUUACUUUGUACUCCUCUGUAUAUAUGGCAGUUGCUACUUCACUUAUGCGAUUUUAUUCAUACCUAUUUUUUUUCGUAAUUGUAAAUUAUAUGUUGGGCAUUUUCAUUUAAUGUGCUACUGAACUGAAUUACCAUUUGCUGUUAACUUAGAUCUUUUGUUCAUAUUGAUUACGAAUAUACAUUAAAAACCUUACUCUAGA